CUCUCUCUCUCUCGCUCAACGAUGCCUCUACUCAUCACGCUCGCGUCGGUUCUCCUCCUCCUCCUCCCGGCAGCCGCCGCCGGCGAAGCCCGGCGGGCGCUGCACGAGCCGCUCUUCCCCAUCGAAUGGACCCCGCCGCCGUCCACGACAACGCCACCUGCCCCGGGCUUCGCUUCCGACCCUUCCACGCCGGCCCAGCCCGUCGACGGGGGGCCCGCGCUGCUCCCUCCGCCGCCGGGCCCCACCACUGUCGCUGCGGACGCCUCGUCCUCCCGCACCGGCCCGACCCCGCGCCUCCACGGCGCCGGUGGCUGGGGGACGCCCAAGGCCGCCAUCGUCGUCGCCUCCGCUGCUGCGGCGGCCGUCCUCGCGCUUCUUGCCUUCGCCGCCGCGUUCCUCCUCACCGGCCGCCUCGCCCGCCACCCCGCCCAUCCACACAAGCCCGCGGCCGCCGCCACGCACCCUGGCCCUGCCGCCGUCGCGGUGCACGCGGACGCGGUGGGCGCCUCUGUGGCGGGAUCGUCGUUGGGCACUCCGUACCGGAAGGUUCGCACGGAGCGCGCGCGGCGGGGCAUGUGCCGUGACGUCGACACGGUCCCGAGCCCUGAGCUCCGGCCGCUCCCGCCGCUGCGGCGCGCGGGGUCGUCCGACGAGGAUGCCGCGUACUACACGCCGGGGCAGCGCUCGGUGGAGUCCGGUGGCGGUGAGGGAGGCGGGACGUGGAGCGAGGCGAGCGCAUCCAGCCCCCGCACCACCACCCCCUCCCGCCGCAGUCUCCCCAGCCUUACCAGCGACUUCUUCCCCUCGAUGCCGGCCACCGCCGCUGCCGCCGUGGCGCAGCUGGCGCCCCUUCCGCCCGCUCCAAGCUCCCGCCGGACGCUGCCACGCACUCGUUUCUCCGCCGGCUCCGCCUCGGACAUGAUCAAACAAAUGGUCUCGCCACCGUCCAAUCCACCAGCCCCACCCCCGCCUCCUCCUCCACCACCACCACCACCAGCGCCAAGAAGCAACAACGCAAUUCCAAAACCUCCACCUCCGCCACCAGAGCCAUCUGCUGGACCAUUAUCAGCGCGUCGUCUGCUCAAGCCAGCACCAACAGAGGGCCCGAGCGUUGCCGUGCCGAGAGCGCCCGUCUCAGCAGUCAAGAGGGACAAUGAGAACACUACCAGCACGUCAAUGCGGACGCUGGAUGAUGCUGCCGGUGAUGAAGCCUGGCCGAAACUGAAGCCGCUGCACUGGGACAAGGUCCGGGCAUGCUCCGACCGCGACAUGGUCUGGGACCAGCUCAAAUCCAACUCAUUCCAGCUGGAUGAGGACAUGAUCGAGGUGCUUUUCAUGAACAAUGCGGCAAAUGUGCCUCCUAGUAGGGAUACUCCAAAGAAAGUUGGUGUGCCACAGUGCAGACAAGAGGAGAAGGUCCUUGAUCCCAAGAAGGCACAAAAUGUUGCCAUCCUGCUGCGUGCGCUGAAUGUCACACUGGAGGAGGUCUCCGAUGCACUGGUAGAUGGAAAUGCUGAAUGUUUGGGAGCUGGACUUUUGGAAACCUUAGUAAAGAUGGCUCCUACGAAGGAGGAAGAACUAAAGCUUCGGAACUUCACUGGGGACUUAUCAAAGCUUGGUUCGGCAGAGCGUUUUCUUAAGGCAGUGCUUGAUAUACCUUUUUCCUUCAAAAGAGUUGACGCUAUGCUAUAUCGAGCAAAUUUUGAGAGUGAAAUAAAUUACCUCAGAAAGUCUUUUGAAACACUAGAGGCAGCUUGCGAUGAUAUAAAAGGCAGUAGAUUGUUCCUAAAGCUGCUUGAAGCUGUCCUGAGAACUGGGAACCGAAUGAAUGUUGGCACAAACCGGGGCCAGGCAAAAGCCUUCAAGUUGGACACCCUCCUAAAGCUUGCAGAUGUCAAAGGCAUCGAUGGCAAAACCACCCUUCUACACUUUGUUGUUCAAGAAAUUGUCCGAUCUGAAGAUGCAAAAUCUGAGAAAGCUGCAGAAAACCAAAUCAGAAAUAUCAUGAAAGACGAACAGUUCCGCAAGCAAGGCCUGAAAGUUGUGUCUGGGCUGAGCAACGAGCUAGGUAACGUCAAGAAAGCAGCUAGCAUGGACUUCGAUGUGCUGCAUGGGUAUGUAUCCAAGCUGGAAGCUGGUCUUGGGAAGAUCAAGUUGGUCAUCCAGCUGGAGAAGCAGUGCACCCAUGGCCAGAAGUUCUUUGCCAUGAUGCAUGACUUUCUCAAGGAAGCUGAGCUGGAGAUCGAACAAGUCAGGUGUGAGGAGAAGAGGGCUCUGGGAAGAGUGAAAGAGAUCACUGAGUACUUCCACGGCGAUGCCGUGAAGGAGGAAGCACACCCUCUGAGGAUAUUCAUGGUGGUGAGGGACUUCCUCUCCAUGUUGGACCAUGUCUGCAGGGAAGUCGGCCAGCAGGACAGAACAGUUGUUGGGUCUGCAAGGUCCUUCCGUAUGUCAGCGACUGCUGCAAUGCCGGUCCUGAAUAUGCGCAGCCACCAUGGAAGAGAGAGCAACUCCGAUGAAGAUAGUUGGUCGCUGUAGGAGAUGGACAUCAGGGAGGAAGCACACUGAAUUUUUAAAACCAACAGAACCACUAGAAUCAAAUAUAGAUGAAUACUGUUACCAUUUUACCAUAGCAAAUCAAGCACAUAUGUAAGUUUUGAUAAGUACGAAGAUAGGUUCAAGUCAUGUUGUAUAAUUAUGGAUGGUUCGAAUUCUUUUUUGUACAAAAUAAAUAAAUAUAUUAUUUAGUAUUAUGAU